AAAGUCUUCAAGAGAAAGAAUCAAUCUAGCGCUGCCUUACCUUCAUCACUUCUUCAAUCCCUUGUGGGAUAAAAAUCUCCGUCUUUGUCCUCUUUAGACCAGUCGUAUAGCAGCCCUUCCUUCCUUUCCCCCUCAUUAUUUUUACCUCACUUCAGUUUUAGACCUCCACUCAUCCACCAUGGCUGUAAAAGACACAAAUGGACACGUUAGCAGUACUAGCGGAGUGAGCGGGUCUAACGGAUGCGCCAAGGACCUGGCCUCUGAAGGCUUCCUUCCCUCAUUUAAGCCCCUCUAUCAAGGUCCAAAAGACAAGGACAAGAACUGGACUUGGCUAGAUAAGGAGCCUGAAGACGUGGCUGAAGCUGCCGAAAACGAAGAGACCGCCCAACAUGCGCUUAUCACUCGCCUCCAGAAAGCGAACGACUCCAGGAAGAAAUUCGAGAUCCAUUCCAUUAUCAUCCAAUCGCCGUGGCUGAAAGAAGCCUUGGGCGAAAUUCUAAAGAAUUACCCCGGAGUAUGUUGCCAGCUGAAGCGAUUGGUCUUCGAAGCCCCAUUCGAACCUUUCGUGCACCGCUGGUCUGAGUUUCAGGAAUUCAGGAGGAGGAAAGAUAUUGAUGUAAUGACUGCAGAGCACCUUGAACUACUUCAUGAUGUGCUUAAGGAGGAGUUGAAAGAGGUCAUCAAAACAUUGGAAGACUAUGUCGUUCAUGGCGUUACUACAUGGGAGCAUGUCUGGACUAUUUUCCAGCCUGGACAAGUAAUCUACUCGGACUCUCUGCACGGCGCCCCUAGUGCCUUGCGGCUUCGAAGUGGCAAAUAUGUUAAGCUCCAGUGUGGCCAAGCAUACCAGCUCACCGCAGAAACCAUCGACUGGACAGGGAAUCACUUCGGCCGCAGUAUCGAAAGGAUCAAUAUCUUCGAGUUCCUCGGUACCACGCGAAUUUUGGGCCUUGCCGCUUUCCCGAUGUCGUUUCAUCCCUUUAAAGCGAAAGCGAAAGACAUCCUCAUCAAUCGAGGAAGAAAGUUCGAGGACCUUGCUGGAUGCCAUUACAAGGAGUACAAGGGCUUCGCGGUGACGUGGGAUAAAGAUGGGAAUGAGGUCUUGACAAGUGUUUCUGGUCGUAUUAUUGUUGAUUCAGAUACUUUCCGGCGCUUUUCUCCUCGUUAUGAAGGCGCCCCAGAACCAGAAUGCGCUGCGAAAUCUUUCAACGUCGACAAUCAAAGCGACGACGAAUAUGUGUUCGGGAAGCAGCAAGAGAAGAAGCGUCUGCAUCUUACAGAGGAGCAUCAACUCAUCUGCUGCCCUCGAGUUCGUGGUUACUCGCUCAAGAAAAAGCAGUGGCUCCUGUUUUACCUUGAUUUGAUCAAGGAUAUCAAAUUUAACGACAACGCGUUUGAGUCUCUGGUGCUUCCUGAGGACCAGAAAGAACUGAUCCUGUCCUUUGCCGAAUCUCAAGCUAUGAAUCGUAGCAAUUUCGACGAUGUCAUUUCCGGAAAGGGGCGUGGCCACAUUACCCUGCUCAGUGGCCCUCCGGGAGUUGGAAAAACGUUGACCGCGGAAUCAGUCGCGGAACACAUGCACGCUCCACUUUAUAUGAUGUCUGCUGGCGAUUUGGGGAUCAACCCAGACCAGGUUGAAACCAAGCUCACUAACAUAUUGGAGAUGAUUGCAAAAUGGAACGCGGUGCUAUUGCUUGACGAGUGCGAUGUGUUCCUUGAGGAGCGGUCGGCGCAUGAUCUUGAAAGGAACAAACUCGUCUCAAUCUUUCUGCGAGUCCUGGAAUACUACGAAGGGAUUCUCUUUCUAACCACCAAUCGUGUCGAUAAUAUUGACGCUGCAUUCCAGUCACGCAUUCACGUCUCAAUGUCUUAUCCAGACCUCAACAACGAAUCUCGCCGACAUAUCUGGGAGAAUUUCCUACAGCUAUUGGAUCGCCCAGAGGACUUCAGCGGAAAGGACGUCGAUGAGUUGGCUAAAGUGCAGUUGAAUGGCCGGCAGAUAAAAAAUGUGCUCAAAUCUGCAAGUCUGCUGAGCACACGAAAAAAUGAGCCAUUGACGAGGAAAUACGUGGACAUGGUUCUUGCCAUUGAGCGAAGGCGUCCGGGGGUGGCACCGGGUUUCUAA